AUUGGUGAAGGCGGAGCCUGAUCGGCGUUGAAUGAAGAUGGCGUCCUUCAGUGAGAGGAUGGCACCUCUCCUGGUAUUUUUGCUGACUGCUUGGUUCAGUGGGACAUGGGCAGUGGACAAGGGAAAUUUCAAGACCUGCGACCAGAGUGCCUUCUGCAAGCGGCAGCGAGCUGUGAAGGCUGGUGAGUCUCCCUACCGUGCCCUGCUGGAGACCAUGGAGCUGACCAACACCAGACUCACCCUGCAGCUCAUCAAUGAUAACAACAAGGUGCGUCUACUGUUGGAGCUGUACCGUCUCCAGGGCAACAUAACAAGGGUGAAGAUUAAUGAGCUAAAGCCACUGAAGCCUCGCUACGAGGUCCCAGAUGUGCUUGUCAGGGAGCCGCCCACUGAACCCCUGUCUCUCUUGUCUCAGGAUGAGAAUGGGGUGGUACUAUCCUUGGGGGCAGAGUCUCAGCGGGUGAUUGUCAGUGCUCGGCCCUUCAGGUUGGACAUCAUGGAGGGGCACGAUGUGUUGAUGUCACUGAAUUCACGCGGCUUGCUGAGCUUUGAGCACCUGAGGAUGCGCAAGGACACUUUCUCCUAUAAAGUAACUAGCACAGUGGCUAGCGUGUGGAAUAAUGUCAAGUGGUUAUUCUCUAGUCAAGCAGACCCAGAGGCUGAGAAGAAGGAAGAGGCUGAGGUGUCAGAUCAGGCUGAGGCAGGAAAUGAAGAGAAAGACGGCAUGUGGGAGGAAACGUUCAAAUCUCACACAGACAGCAAACCUAAUGGCCCAUCAUCUAUUAGUUUAGACUUUUCAUUGCCAGGGGUCGAACACGUCUAUGGUAUCCCAGAACAUGCAGAUAACCUCAGACUCAAAACAACAGAUAAUGGAGACCCGUAUCGGCUCUAUAACUUGGAUGUGUUCCAGUAUGAGCUGUACAACCCUAUGGCACUUUAUGGUGCUGUUCCAGUCAUGUUGGCUCACAGCACACAGCGAACCACAGGAAUCUUCUGGCUCAAUGCAGCUGAGACCUGGGUGGAUAUUAGCUCCAACACAGCUGGAAAGACUGUAUUUGGGAAGAUGCUGGAUUAUGUGCAGGGCUCCAGUGAGAAGCCACAGACAGAUGUGCGUUGGAUCUCUGAAAGUGGAAUCAUUGAUGUCUUCCUUAUGCUUGGACCAACACCCAAAAAUGUGUUUUCUCAGUAUGCUUUCCUUACAGGAACCCAGGCCUUCCCUCCUCUGGCUGCUGUGGGUUACCACCAGUGUCGCUGGAACUACAAUGACCAGGAAGAUGUGCAGUCAGUGGAUGCAGGCUUUGAUGAGCAUGACAUUCCGUAUGACUUCAUCUGGCUUGAUAUUGAGCACACAGAUGGCAAACGCUACUUUACCUGGGAUCCACACAAGUUUGCUACGCCAAAGGAAAUGCUGCAGGGACUUAGGGCUAAGAAACGCAUGAUGGUGGCUAUUGUGGACCCUCAUAUCAAAGUGGACAGCAACUACAAGAUUCAUAAUGAAAUCCGCACUCGGGGGUUUUAUGUUAAAAAUAAAGAUGGAGGAGACUAUGAGGGCUGGUGUUGGCCCGGGAAUGCUGGCUAUCCAGACUUCACUCGCACAGACAUGAGGGCCUGGUGGGCCAGCAUGUUUGCCUACGAUCAGUAUGAGGGUUCCAUGGAGAACCUCUACACAUGGAAUGACAUGAAUGAGCCAUCGGUUUUCAAUGGGCCAGAAGUCACAAUGCACAAAGAUGCCAUGCAUGAAUCAUGGGAGCACCGUGAAGUGCACAACUUGUAUGGUCUCUAUGUGCACAUGGCCACAGCAGAGGGUCUGAUGCAGAGGUCUGGAGGAGUUGAGCGACCAUUUGUUCUGACCAGAGCCUUCUUUGCCGGAUCACAGCGCUAUGGGGCUGUGUGGACAGGAGACAAUGCUGCUGAGUGGGGCCAUCUGAAGAUCUCCAUCCCCAUGUGUCUGAGUUUGGGCCUGGUUGGAAUAUCAUUCUGUGGCGCUGACGUCGGUGGUUUCUUCAAGUCUCCAAGCAGCGAGCUAUUGGUGCGUUGGUAUCAGACAGGUGCGUACCAACCAUUCUUCAGAGCCCAUGCUCACUUGGACACACCCCGCCGUGAGCCCUGGCUGUUCGGUCCAGAAAACACCGCUUUGAUUCGAGAAGCAAUUCGCCAGCGCUACACCCUCCUGCCUUAUUGGUAUCAGCUGUUCUACCAGGCACAUCGUACCGGACAACCCAUCAUGAGGCCUUUGUGGGUGGAGUAUCCUCAGGAUCCUGCUACCUUUGCUAUAGAUGACCAGUUCUUGAUUGGAAGAGAUUUGUUGGUGCACCCAGUUACAGAAGAGGGAGCAAGAGGUGUCACAGCUUACCUGCCUGGAAAAGAAGAGGUCUGGUUUGACGUUCACAACUUUCAGAAACACAAUGGCGGUCAGAACCUUUACAUCCCGGUCACAAUGAGUUCUAUCCCUGUCUUCCAGCGUGGCGGAUCCAUUAUUUGCAGGAAGCUCAGAGUUCGCAGGUCCUCCAUCUGCAUGGAGGACGAUCCCUACACUUUAUUUGUGGCUCUCAAUCCCCAGAGAACUGCUGAGGGUGAACUCUACAUUGACGAUGGCCACACUUUCAACUAUGAAAAGAAAAAGUUCAUCCACAGAAGGCUGUCCUUCAGCAAAAAUGUCCUCUCUUCCAUCAACCUGGCUACAGAUGCCCAGUUUACAACCCGUUCUUGGGUCGAACGCAUUGUUGUGGUUGGUGCCAGUAAACCCAGCAAAGUUACCCUCAAGACUGCUGAUGGUCAGGAGGGCCAGCUGGAGUUCACGUUUGAUCCCUCCAUGUCUGUGUUGAUGCUGCGUAAGCCUGGGAUGAAUGCAGGCGAAGACUGGAGCGUGCUGUUUCAGUAAUGCAGACACGCACAGCUGAGCAUAAAAAGAAAAUGACUGAACAAGAGCAGAAACAAGGGAAUGACAAUAUGUGGGCCCUGAAGACGUUAAGUUAAAAUCAUACAUCAUGGAACAAGGAGAACGCACAGGAAACGCAAACAUGUGCAAUCAUGUCAACAGAGCUUUUGUUCCUGCACACUACUUACAUGAAUCCACACACAAAGGUGCUGUAGACCUGUUACUCAAACUGAGCCAAAUAAUUGCAGCUGUCCCUCCUCUAUUCCAGCAAGUUGUAAUAUUUAGUCACUCAAGAUUUACUAUAACACACCCCAGUGGCCCCUAAAAACAAGACUUCUCACAACUGCUAAAAUCCUGCCCUUGUAAUUGUUUGUGAAUGCAAAAAACAACAAAAAAACAUCAGACUAGAAGAUAUAAUUUUGUCCUCUUAGUUGUCUGUCUAGUAUUGGACCAAAGGUAGGUGAGUUUUUUUCUGUUUAAGAUGAAGGCUCUCAUUCAAAUGCACAGGCUGCACUAAAUGAUUCCCUCCACACCUCUCUGACACCCCCCCCACAUUAUCACUCUUCUAAGGUAAGCACUUCAGGUGAGCUGAACUCAAGCUGCUUGAUAUGUUGCAUGUCAUGCAGAUGGGAUCUGGGGAUUGCCAGUAAUCUGCCAUGUGGCUGAACCUGCUAAUCUGUCAUUGUGUGCAUUUUCCUAAUUUUGAGACUCCACAAAAAUGUAAAAAAAAAAAAAAAAAAAGCCUUGUUACGCAUCCUCAUCAAGUUCAUGCUUCUUCAGCUUCAUCCUAAAUGUGUGUGAAUGAGGAAUUGAUUAUCAGAUGUGCACAUUAGUGCUUGUGUGUGUGUUAAAAUAUAUUAUGCACAGCAGAAAACAUGAAGUGCUUCUCAUGAGGAAAGGGAGGAUGAGGUCGUAGGAAAAGUGCUUCCCUCUGUUUUCUGCUGCAUAUUUGAUUGUAGCAUGCACGAGCACCAGCUAUGUGCACGCCUGAUUAUUGACUUUAUUUUGGAAGCAAUCAGGCUGUUGAAAUGAACAAGAUGAUCCUUUGCUGUUGGAAUCAUUUAGGGGGCUGAACCACUGGUUUAUGUGGGUCAUCCUGCUGCUGUGUCGUUUGUUUUAUCAUGUACUUUUUCCUGUUAUGUACUAGAUUGUUUUAAUGUCAGAAAGUGUGCAAAUUGAAACGCUGGUUAGAUUUUCACAUUGGGUAUCAGGACUGCCCAGGACUUCCAGGGUGUCAUGUGUUUGGAUCUAUAUGGAUGAAAUUCAAAUCCUCAGAAGACUUGCAUAUCUGCUGAUUGUGUUUUUACUACUGACAUCUCAUCUCCAUUCCAAAGUUUCAGCUGAGCAAUUCUGAGUCCGAGGCAGUCCUGUUUCGUCAAACAUUCAACAUUUUAAGAACUAAUUUUUCCUUUUGUUUUGUUACCUGGAUUGUUUUUAUGACCACGAUGUACAUGUUGCUGCACGAUUUUGUUGGAGAUGGCCUGAGAUAGAAGUAAAGGAACAAACUUCAGCUGUCAGAAUCAAAAUUGUCAGACGUAACAGACCAAGUGAAAAUAAAGUUGACAAAAUAAAUACAAAGGCAUUUUUUGUUAUUCUCUCAAUUGGGUUGGGGAGCAGUGAUAUCUGGAAUAAAGU